CCCUUGGCACAGCAGUGCAUCUGCAUUCUCGGAUCGCAAUUCUUUUUUAUUUCCUUAAACAUUGUUACCUCACGACGUGAACUCUUUUCACGUUUCUCCUUCUAGCGGCGUAUUAUUUGCGCUCGCACUCGUGUAAAACUCAUAAUGGGAUCUGACCCAAUCCCCGAUCCCAUCGACAAGGCCUCUUCAAGCGACAAUCAAGAUGAGGCCCAAACGCCCGACAAGUUCGACCAAGGUGUUCCUGUCACGACGGCCAUUGCGACUCUCGAGAAGGAUGCUUCAACACAAAGCGACGGCAGCCUGAAGCGUUCAAAUCCCCAUGACGCAGACGACGGCGGAGAGUGGCAGGUCGUUUCACGGGCUUCAAAGAAGCUUAAGAAGGUCCCUAAACCUGGCAAGAAUUAUCCCACCAUUGCAUUCUCGCCUAAUGCGCGACUGCAAUCCAAGAUCAAUAUUUCCCAAAUGCGAGACCUGGUUACAUAUAUCUUUGCCGACGGAGCUGGUCCUCAAUGGAUCGGCAUUACCCAUCGCCCAGCGUUCCGAAAGAUUGUGGCUAUAAUGAUACCCGGUAUUGAGGAGGCUAUGUUCAAGCACGACGUUGACUUCGAUACAUACAACAAUGCUGAUAAGGAGGAAAACGCUGUUGUGGCGUCGCCGGACGACUAUUAUCCCCGACCACUGAGGAGAGAGCGCCUACCCGAGGCUCUGCAACCAUUCGCGGACAUGUUCACGCAUCUAUGGCCCGUCAAGACACCAGGUGAUGAUAGACACGGAAAGAUGCAUUCGCCCAUGGCCGCUUUCCUAACAACCCCCACCCCGAAGGAAAAGAAUGGGACAAAGAAGGGCAUCAAACCAGCACAUGAGCCUUCGGGAUGGAAGAACGAGAGAGCACGCAUCACUGAAUUCCUUUGUACAGUCGAUGAUCUGACUGACAACGGCUACUUGGUUCACCCAGCUAUGCUGGAAGGUGUUGCCAAAGACCAGUUCGUUCUCCCCGAAGGAUGGGUCAUCACCCAUGUGAAAAGCCUUGAAGAAGGUCAAGUUCCAGAAGACGAAAUUGAAAAGGGCAGCAUCACAGAAGGACGAAAUGUUCUGGCCCUGGAUUGUGAAAUGUGUAUGACUGGAGAGAACGAGUUCUCUCUGACGAGAAUCAGCAUAGUCGACUGGUUCGGCAACGUUGUACUCGAUGAACUUGUCAAGCCUGAUAAGCCUAUUAUCGACUACGUCACCCAAUUUUCUGGCAUCACAGAAGAGAUGCUUGCACCUGUAACAACUACAUUACAUGACAUCCAGCAGAAGCUACUUGAACUGCUGACCCCUCGCACAGUCUUGAUAGGACACUCUUUAGAGUCAGAUACCAAGGCUCUCCGCAUCUCUCACCCUUUUAUCAUCGACACAUCCAUCAUUUACCCGCAUCCUCGCGGCCCUCCUCUCAAAUCGUCUCUAAAAUGGCUGGCGCAAAAAUAUCUGUCAAAGGAGAUUCAAAAAGGCGGCGCAAAUGGCCACGACAGCAUCGAGGACUCUAAGACCUGCCUCGAUCUUGUCAAACAAAAAUGUGAAAAGGGCAAGGCCUGGGGAACAUCUGACUCACAGGGAGAGAACUUGUUCCGCCGACUAGCGCGAGCUGGAACUGCAUACAAGGCCCAAGGGGGAACCGCAGGUGGCGCUGAGGUCGGCAAGACGAGCGCAGCUGUUGACUGGGGCGAUCCCUCCAAGGGGGCUGGAGCCGGCGCAACACAUCAGCUCGGCUGUAAGAACGACGAGGAUGUAACUAACAACGUAAUUCGUGCUGUGCAGGGAGACCCGGAUGGCCUCGAAAUCCGCGGCGGCGGAGUUGACUUUGUCUGGGCGAGAAUGCGAGAGCUUGAGGCCCUUCAAGGCUGGUGGAACCGUAACCGUGUCGACAACACAAACAGCGACGGUGGUCCUCCACGAGACUCUGAGGCCAUCCCAUCCGACAAGUCAGAGCUCGAGCAGGCCCUCGUACGCCUUACAGAGCGUCUCACACGCAUCUAUGAUUCCUUGCCGCCCUGCACAGCCUUCAUGUUGUACAGCGGUUCGGGCGACCCGCGCGAGAUGUCGCGUCUGCAGAAGGUGCAGGCCCAGUGGCGCAAGGAGUACAACACACCCGGUAAGAACUGGAACGACCUGAGUGUCAAGUGGACUGAUGUCGAGGACCAGGCGCUCAAGGAAGCGGCGCGCAAGGCUCGGUCAGGCAUUGGGUUUAUCUCGGUGAAGUGAAAUACCAAAGGGACACGAAGGUAUCAGAUAACAAAGGAUACUGUUGCAACUGAAGACGAAAUGCCAGAUGCGUAACAAAUGCAUAUCUUGCUGAGGGGCUAUUUAUCGUAUUACAAAAAGACUACUUGCAUGUAAACAGACCAUCGUCUGUUAAAACGUGCACAAAUAAACGAGAUCAAGUACAAUGAUCAUUACAACUUCUCAUUAGAAUUGUGCCUAGUAAAUCCUGGUUCUUCAUCGUCCCAGGAUGGUGAGUCAUACCCAGAACCUUUGACAGGAUAUCCCUCCAAAAUUAUAUAACUACACUUUCAUUCCCACAAAACCCACUACAUAAAAAACAAUAGACAUGUUGGGGCUUUGAUGACCCCUUGUGUAAAUCCCCCUCCCUGAACCAGCUUUUUGUUACGCCAACGCUAGUAUGGACAUUCUCAAAAAGAACAUAUCCCUAAACACAAAGAAAAUUGACUCGAGGCAGUCAGGCUCAAGUAAUGAAAAUUUGCCAUAAAAAGACCCGUAUGUAACGUAACGCCUUCUCGUUCACUUGUACUUUCAGAGCUCGAGUUCCUUCGUGAGAACCUGCGGCUGUGACUGAAUUGUGUUCGAUUCAUAACCAAAAAUGAGAGAAGGUGAGCAUGUGUGCUCAUGUGCAAGGACCUUGAGGACCUUGGUCUAUAAAUCGUGUACAUGGUUUUGGCCCUUGAGGCAACCAAACAAAAAAGAAACUAGUAUUAGGUUGAAACCCGAGAAGGGUGUAGUGACUGAUCAUAUCGACGAGUGUGUUAUGGUAAGCAACAUAGAAGAGUGACCAAUAGACCUCCUACUUGGCUAUAACAGCAGAAGUAUCAAGUGCGAGGUCUGGCAGGAGGAUCUUCGACAAGCUCGGCGGAGCUGCCGAGCAGAUCCACGUCACGGUGCAACGGGUCAACUCGGCUGACACCAUGUUGUGACACCAUGCCAAAGCUGGCCGGCCGCUCAUCAACUGAAGGGCCGAAGUCGAUGUUGGUGAACUCGCCGGGGAACUCCAUGGACGAAUUGGACGACAAUCGCUUCUGGGAGUUGGUUCGCUCAAACGGUAGCCGCGAUGACGCUGAUAGUGUAGCUCGGUGGUGACUUGAAGUGCGGCUAACAGCAUCGGGUUCUCCUCGCCACUGAGAUUCAAAGGAUAUCGUUGAGCCUGGCAUAUUCAUGAGGGUAAGAGAUGGUGCUCGGCUGUGAUCACUGCCUCCAAAGUGGCCAGAAGCACGCUUGGAGCUCUUCCGAGGAAUCUCUGGGGCAUCGUCAUCCUCAGCUUCGCGCAGUGCGAUAUGAGGCGCCUUGGACAAAGACUUGCUUGGCUCCCGAGGGAAACUCUCGCUGCCGGCACUGAAAGUACGUCGGGGUCGCUCCAGCACAGGACUUUCCGGCUCAGAGUCUUGAGGAUCACCGUUGUCAUCUAGUAGAGCACUUUGAGGUUGACGUCCGGGAGACCGCCUUGGUCGAGGCUCGUCUUCAUCAUCUGAGUCAAUUGGACCGUUCCGUAGUACGCCCAUAGCCACUGGGAUACCCUCAGGGGGCGACUCUCCACCAUUCCUAGCCAUCAUGGCUGGAGGCAUCCGUGAGCUCCUCACAACCUCGAAACCCUUGCCCUUCUCUUUUGUCUUUCCACCGAAUAGAUUCCGGAACCAGCCCGAGGCAGUAGCCACAGGACCAGUUGGAUCGGCGGGACCAGUUCCAAGUUUCCGGCCCGGGCCGUCCGAGUUCAAGGCGGGUCCACGAACCCCGUAGUAAAAGUCAACCUCGCGAGUGGCAUAAUCGGGUCGGUUCGGAGGUAUACUGGCCUGAGAGUAUCCAGCGGGAGGGGGCGCUGGUGUUGCUCCUCGAGAAAUAUCCGCACCCAUAUCUGCAGGAUCACCUAGACCUCCAGCUGGGUUGGCGCCCUUAACAUCUGCUGCGUUAGAGCCACCAGGUCCUUCGGAGUGGAUGGACUCGUUCAUCGUCUGUCGUCUUCGAGGAGGUCGAUAGUAGGGAUCGGCAGCAUCUAUUGAUUGUGUAGGAUGAUGGCGGGCAGCGCUGGGGGAGGGCAGGAAUGAAAAUGUACUCCUCUCCCCAGGGGUGUUGGGCAUGUAUGAGCUGCUGCUAUCCACGUUCUGCGGCAUGCCAGAGUAAACAUCGAUGCUAUCGAGCGCCGAGCUGCUCCUAUGCCGAGGGUUCAUGAGUCCACCGAGACUAGCACCAGACUCGCUUCGAACCCUUCCGCUUGGCAUGGCAUAUCCUGACUUCCCGCUAUCGUCCACGUCCAACAUUGCUGCUGUCGACAACUGGCUUGCUCGGGAUGGACCAGUGUUACGUUGCUGUGUGUUGCGGCGAGACAGCUGUCGCAUACCAAAGAUCUUUGUGAGUCCACCACGGGUCAGACCUCGAGCGUCGUCUCCGCCAGCUCCAAGCAUGCGAGCCGCGACCUCGAUAAUGGUCUGCAGGGCGUUGAGGAAGAAACCAAAUAUCAAAGCCGCACCGUGGAUUCCUAAGAUGAUGUAACCAAUCCAACCCUUGUCGCCCUCAGAAACAUCAAGAGUAGGCACGAAUGCUACCAUUAGUAAGAUAGAAAUUAGACGAAGUGCUCCAAAAAGUGUAUGAUAAGCAUUCAUCGCUGUUGAACGCUGGAACGGUCGGAAGGCAUGGAUGGUAAGAAUAUGAAUCACUUCGCAAAUGGCGAGCAGUACCACCUGAGCGAUACCACUAGGCUGCACGGCACCGACAGUGAUACCCCGGAGGAAUGUUAGGAAGACGGGAAUGAGAGCGAACCCAGCAGCCUCGUCGGAGUAUGUGUUAUACAGAGGGCCGUAUAAAAGAACAGUCGGCAAAUCAUCGUAGAGGACGGACUUUGGCCUCGUUCUGAUUAUGAGGUAAAAGAGGUAUGCCGCGAAGAUUAUGAGGAAAACCAAGGUAACGACGGCGAGAGCAAUCGUAUAGGUCGGAGAAUCGCCAGCAGUGACGAGCUGAAAGCACGACAGGGCGAUGAUCGGGAAUAAGAAAUAGUUGAAGACAAUGCGGACGGCGUUGCCAACGGAAAAGGGGACGUUCUUUGAACGCAGAUCUUCCUCCGGGGUGUUGUUGAUCUUUCGGAAUAGCCACUGCACUGCAAAUGCGCCCUGAACUAGAGCGGUAACAGAAGCAAUGCACACACAUAGCCAAACCAUCAUACCGGCCCAGAUAUCUCUACUCUCAGCCAUGCCAACCAAUUGACCAAGCUCUUGAAGUCCGUAAGUGGCAUUGGUGACAUAAAUACCAUCGACAACGCUCUGCCAUGAUGGGGCAUCGGCGACAAAGCUCUCGUUGAACAUUAGAGUCGACCAGGCCAUCUGGC